AUCACGUGUGUUUGUGACUUUGUGAGUACCAAGGCCGAUAUCAUAUCCAAAGCAUAGCCAAGUUCUGACGCUGACGUCAGCGAAAUUAAGUGUUUGCAAAUAAAGGAAAUGGCUGACAAUGUGGACGAUCAAAGUGAGCUGUGUUCCAUUAAACCAGUGAUUACAAGAGUCGAACAAUUUGGAUAAAACUGGUGAUUGCAGUGAACGUGUUGUGAGUAAAAAGUGGCCAUUUAGUAAUUGUGAUAACGUCGAUAUCCUCCAGUCUAAAAAUAAUCGUGAAAAUUUGUGUUGUGUUGACGUUGCAGAAUUCUUGAAAAAACUGUACGCUUAAGUUUUGCACAAAGUGAACACCCUCAUUGGUGCAAGCACACCGUACUCGUUUCUUAUUGGCGCAGAAAAUUGAUUGAAUGUAUUCAUGUGACCUUUAAUAAACCUGGUUUAUUGUUUCACAUAUUUUGUGAUUUAGCAUAAAGUUGUUUAGUUUGUUUUGUUAUCAAGUGCUUUCUCGUCGGUUUUGGCGUGCUUUUAACGAGACGCUAGCGAGUGACAUCGCCAGUGAAAUUAGCGAGGGGCUAUCGAAGGGUUCCAUAACAUUGAGUCAUGCUGAUGGUCUGACUGUUAUGGUGGAUUUUCACUGAGUCAACGCGGGAUUUGAACUUUAUCCUUGGACGCCAUGAGUGAUUUCACUAGGAGUUUCUUCGUAGACCCAGGAAUCACCAUCAAGGAAGAGCCUCUCCGUGAAGAAACCUCAAUAAUGAACACUUCCGCUAGUGUUCCCAUUCCAACAUGUCGAAUAAUGGAGAUGUCAGAUUAUCGCGAUUUCGGUAUAGAUUUAGAUAACUCUCAGUCGCCUCUUUAUCAGGACGGUUCAUUAGGGAAUAUGCAAACCCCCGACGGUUUUGACAACACCACGAUGUGGGGCAAUCGCGUGAUUAUUGGAGAAGAUUCCAUAAAACAAGAGGCACUGAUCCACAUGGACGACGACGACAUAUUCCAAGUCGACAAAGCCGAUCUAAUCCAAGGGCCUACUCUUGCUGAACUCAAUGCCAAUGACGAUACACUUCUAGGUGAUCUGAACUUCGACGACUUACUCCUACCUGAAGAAAGUUCUUACUUGACUAUGACCCAGAAACUGUCGGCUCCCUUCAUCCACAACUCGAACCACCUCAACAACAACAGCCCCAUAGUCACAGCAGCGUCUUCGUGUCCCCAACCUAGCAUGUUUUUUUAUAGAGAUUUAGACUUGCCAUCGAGCGUACCAACGAAUAACUACGAUAUGUUCGGUUCGAAAACGCCAGUUUCGGCUUUCUCGCCAGCAAGUCAGACUAGUUCGAAUUCGCCGCUUCUUCAGUCGUCGCCGUUACGUGUCAAUUCCGUGCAGCAGAAGCAUAGUACACUCCAUGAACUCUUGAUGAAACGGGAGAACUAUAUUUCUCCUGAUCGCGGGGUGAGCGGGCAACCGAUUCCAGUGAAAACCGCGCCAGCUUCGACGUCACCUAAUGUCCGAAUGCAGAGGUCCCACACUUCGAGGCUGUCUUCUUCGGCUCCCAAUCAUGUAGGGUUCACGGAUAUCUGGCAGAGGAGAGAGCCUAGGAAGCAUCUUCUGUCUACGGGGUCGCUUGCGGAAGCUGGAUCGACGUCUUCGAUUUCGACGGGCGGGAUUUUGAGCCCUGAUCCACAAGAUUUUUCGCAUGAUGAAUUCGAUAGUGAUGACGAGAGCGACGGAGAUCAUCAAUAUGAAGAUGUUUCGUCAGAUAAUGAUUCUGAUGAUGAUGAACACGUGCCUAGACAUUCUAGCAAGAAAGAAAGAUUUUUCUGGCAAUAUAAUGUCCAAGCAAAAGGGCCAAAGGGCCAGCGGCUGGUAAUGAAAUGUAAAAUGGAAGAUCCACACGUCCUUAACGAAAUAACUGAUCCGGUUUUUAGCCCUGAUUGUUCUGUUAGAGGUAUAAAACAUAGCGGCAAAGCUCGUAAAGGGGAUGGAAAUGAUUUAACGCCGAAUGCGCGUAAGCUUUUUAAUAUUGGCAAAGAACUGGACAAGUUAGGGCGGAUUAUCAACGACAUGACGCCAGUCAGCGAACUGCCUUUUAACGUGAGACCGAAAUCAAGAAAGGAGAAGAACAAGUUAGCCUCCAGGGCUUGUCGCUUAAAGAAAAAGGCGCAACAUGAAGCCAACAAGAUCAAAUUAAGCGGAUUGGAGUCAGAGCACCGGAACUUGCUAAACGGGAUUAUGCAGAGUAAAGAAUUAUUGAUGGCCAAGCUGCAAGAACAAGCUCCUGACAAACAAGAAGAUCUCUCUGGUCGGAUAGAAAACACAUUCAAAAUUGCAACAAGAACGAAAGUGGCAGGCUUCACUACAGACUAUGUUAAUAAAAUUUUAGAUAGGUUAAAAAAGGGUCAACCGUUACAGGAAGAUAAUUAACAGAGUUGUAAUCAUCAAAAUUUGAAUCUCUAUUAAGCAUUUUAGUUUUACACAGAUGAUAUAUAAUAUAUUUUUAUGAAAGUUAUUUAUAUGAAUUUGAAAUUGAUCCAAUACUUUUUUACUUUUUUUGUUCGCCCGUCUGUACACUUUUAGAGUGUGUUGUUUCAAUUGUAGGCAAAAUGCAGUGUUUUGUUAUAGUUCCUAUUAGUUUAGGAUAUGUAGUCGUUAAAUUUUUAUUGGAAUACUUACAAAUUAAUACGUCAAAGAUGGUAUCACAGAUUUUGUGUUAAAACGUGAAACAUGGAGAUGAUUUAUAUCGUAAUGACAAAAUUGUCGAUCGUCAAAAGACUAUGUUGAUGUUAAUUUAAAAAAAAAGAUGUACUACUGUUUUCCAGCUUCGGUUCACAAUUGGUGUUUUUGAAGCUCAGAUGGCAACUUGCAUGUCCUGUAAUGUUUUAUUGUUUGCAUGGAUAAAAAAUUAAUGGUCUAUAUUAUUCUUAUGGUCAGUGUUGAUAAUUAUUAUACAUACAACUUGAUAUAUUGUUAACUGCAUGUAGAAUCUAAUGAAAUCGUAAAACAAAAAUAUCGCGAUGUGCUUUAUUUGAGGGAAGGUAUUUUACUUGGCAGUUGUUGAAGUAAAUUGAAUGAAACCAAAUUUACAGAGAAACGAAAAUAACCUUGCAGUUUUGUGUUAUUUUGUUAAUUAUAAGAUGUAUUAGAACGUUAGUAUGUAGGGUAGAUGUGGUGUUUGUCGGUGAAAACAGGUGACCUGCAGAUUUCUAUACUCUUCCAAGAGAGUACUAGAUUAUCUAAAAAAUAUAAUCGAAAAGAAAAACAUAUUUUUGAAAGCGUUUUGGAUUGACUAUAUUUUUUUAACUAUGUAAGCACACCAAGUGGAUAAAAGAAUUGUUGAGAAUUGUGAUUAGAUGAUAAUGUGUUCAGUUUGUGAUAAGCUUUCUUUAUAUGAUGUAAAUAUAAUGCAAAAGUAAGCUCAAUGUAAUCAGGUAUUUACAUUAAUCGAUAGGUUUUAUAAUGUGACAGAAUAUACAUUUAAGGGUUUAUAAAUUAGAUUUAUUUUCAACAAGGGCUGUGUUUUAGGGUAUAAUUAUUUGUGUGUGAAGCCAAGUAAAAUACAUUUGAUAUGUUAACCAUCGGCAAUAUCUGGUAUAUUGCUUUGGUAUGUUGGAAUUUCCUGAGCCUGUGAUGGCUAUAAUUCUAUUUUUACAUAUUCUAAGCAGAUACGACAGAUAAUUAUUAUCCAAAGUUUCUGAAGUAGUUUUAUACUAUAGUAGUUGUAAAUACCAUGCCAUGCUUUUGAUUAUGUUUUGUAUUUUAUCAAUUUUGAUAGUUACAGUUUUACGUUAAUUUAUUUAUACCAGUUAAGUUUGUAACUCUGUCAAUUUUUGUUUAAUGUUUAAUUAAUAAUAAAAUGCUAUUUGUAUAACAA